AUGACCACGGCGACCGCGAAGCAAUGGGGUGUCAGCCCACCGAUCUCCACUGCCUUGCCCGAACCACUGGACAAUGAGAAAACUGCCGAUUUAAUUGAAGAGUUGAAAAGAGAGAACAACUAUGAGCCUCAGGAGGAAACCAAAAAGAGAAUGAGCACUCUCAGCCUGCUGAACCGAGUCACUCAAGAGUUUGUGCGAGAAGUCAGUCGGAAACAAAGACUGCCUCCCUCUCAAAUCGAUCAGUUCGGCGGCAAGAUCUAUCCCUACGGAAGCUAUCGUCUUGGAGUCUUUGGACCUGGAUCCGAUAUUGACACCCUCGCAGUCGCCCCCAAACACGUCAAGAGAGAGGAUUUCUUCGAGUUAUUUCCCGCAGUUUUGGAACGCUUAGCUGGGCCGGGUGCAAUUACUUCGUUGACGGCGGUCCCGGACUCUUUUGUGCCUAUCAUCAAAUUGGUUCUCAACGGCAUCGAAAUCGAUCUCAUUUUUGCUUCGAUCGCGAGCCUGUCCACCAUACCGAAAGACCUGACUCUGAACGACAACAACUUGCUCAUGGGGCUGGACCAGGCAACCAUUCGCGCAGUCACCGGGCCGCGCGUCACCGACGAGAUUCUGUCUCUUGUCCCGGAACAGAAGACAUUCCGAACCGCGCUGAGAGCGAUCAAAUUAUGGGCCCAGAGAAGAGCCAUCUAUGCCAAUAUUGUCGGCUAUCCUGGUGGAGUGGCUUGGGCGAUGCUGGUGGCUCGAGUUUGCCAAUUAUACCCUCAUGCCGUCGGGGCAACGAUCGUCGACAAGUUCUUUUUUGUCAUCAAAGAUUGGAAAUGGCCGACGCCGGUGAUGCUAAAAGACAUCGAGCAGGUCAAGAAUGCGGACCAGAACAAGGGCUUCAAAGUGUGGAAUCCGGCGAUAUACUCAGGCGACCGCAAAAAUAUCAUGCCCAUCAUCACCCCGGCAUUCCCAAGUAUGUGUGCAACGUACAACAUCUCCAAAUCCGGGAAGACCGUGAUCCUGCGUGAACUGGAAAGAGGAGGCCAAAUUACCAACAAGAUCUUCUCGGGAAAGGCACAGUGGAGUGAACUCUUCAAGAAGCAUACAUUCUUCACGGCGGACCACAAAUACUAUCUGGGUGUGACGGCCAGCUCCUUGAAUGCAGAUUCGGCGAAAGCAUGGUCAGGCCUUGUGGAGUCCAAAGUACGCAUCUUUGUCAUGCAAUUGGAGGGAAUCCACGAUAUCACCCUUGCUCGCCCAUUCACCAAGGGGUUCAAACGUGUCCACAAGUGCGAGGAUGAAGCGCAAAUCCGGGAGGUCCAGAAAGGCAGUACGAGGUAUAAAGUGGAAGAGACAAAGACGGUUGAAUCGACUGAUCCCGAACUGGUGACGGCAAAUGGUGACGGAGCGACUCUUCAAUCAACAGACGAUGCAAAACCCGAAAGCCAACCGGGCGCCCACACCGUUUAUACCUACACCUUCUAUAUCGGCAUUGACACCGUCGCCAAAGGAAGUCUAAAUCUGGUUCCCGCUUUCCAGAGCUUCAAAGAAAUUUGCGAGAACUGGGCCGGAUUCAAUCGAGACGUCCAUUUUCUCACACUGGCGUCUACAAAGAGCUGGGACUUGCCAGAAGACCUGUUCGAUCAGAAAGCUGGAGAAGUCAGACCGAGCAAACCGGUCAAGAAGGUGGUGAAGGCCCCUAAACCCGAGGCCAAACCGGAGAGGCGAAGCAUCAAUGAUGUCGAGGACGUGGAAACCAAUGGUGAUUCGGUGAAACGACAAAGAUUGAUGACACCCACGCCGGCUCCAACACCUACUGCAGCACCGGCUUGA